AUGGCUGCAGACGUUAGUCAUGCUGCAACGGAGAUUUUGUCUACCGAUAACACACGCGCUCCCGGUUACGACGAUUUCUCCUUCCUACCCUUUUUACGUCGAAACUUCGGGUUUGGCCUCGCCAGUGAUGUGCCCGUCUGCAAAGCCUACAGCGAAGGACAUUGUCCUUUAGGACCCGCAUGUCCAGACCGCCAUCCAACCCCAUCGCGAGUGACGACGUCUACAACGACCGCCUCGGGACUGGCACCGUCCACGACCCACGGGUCGCUCGUCUGCAAGCAUUUUCUCAAGGGUCUCUGUAAAAAGGGCCUGAAAUGCGAAUACCUACACGAAUAUAACCUUCGACGUAUGCCGGAAUGCCAAUCCUUCUCGCGGUCCGGCUACUGUCCCAACGGCGAUGACUGCCUCUACCAGCAUGUGCGCGAGCAAGCCCGAUUGCCUUCCUGUGAACAUUACGACCGCGGAUUCUGCGAGCUGGGACCACUGUGUGCGAAGCGCCACGUCCGUCGUCGUCUUUGCCCAUACUACCUGGCCGGAUUUUGCCCGGAGGGUAAAGCCUGCGCGGAUGCUCAUCCGCGAUGGACCGAGAACCUGCCACGACCAUCGAUACGGGUCGAAAAGAGCGAGGAGGAGCUGGAACGGGAGAGAUCAUUGAUUCGGGAGGAACAAGAGAAGGAAAAGGAACGCGAGCGCGAGUGGAGGACCGAGAGGGGCCGUGGUGGGGGAUUCAUGCGCGGCCGGUAUAGAGGACGAGGCCGUGGUUAA